AUGGGCCUCAGAGGGAGAAUGCUGAGGGGCAGCAGGUGUGGGCAGGGUGAAUUUGGGGUGCCUGCACAUUUCUGGACAGAAAUGCCAGAUCGGCUGUUGGAAGCAAGGGUCUGGAGUUCAGAAAAUGCUAGCCUGGCGACUGCGGGGUCAACAGCUUUUAGGCAAGAGAUGCUACAGGCACCAGAGAGCACGCUGGCUGAGCACCGACAAGACCCGAGGAGAAAGACCUACUCAGCCCUCAUCAGCUACUUGAGCUCUGGUCCAGGGGUGGUCAUGGUCUGGGAAGGCCACAAUGUGGUCGGCACCUAAGGACCAUAAUAGGACAAACCAAGUAGGCUGAGGCUGCCCCACACCACCAUCCAGGGAGACUUCAGUGUCUACAUCUGCAGACACCCUAAGCGGUUGGCACAGAAUGUGGGAGGGGCCCAGAGGGAGAGCGAGCUGUGUUUCCAGAGCAGUGAGCUGGGGGAAUGGGCAGAUGAAAGGCAACACAGCAACCCUGCCAGAGCCCUCGGGCUUCCCUCCAUAGCCCCAGCAAGCAACCAGGACCGACUCCCUCUGUCGACAAUAACUUGA